GAAACCGUAUCACAGUGCGUCAAUAAUUAGUAAGUCACCAUCUCAGGGCAUUAAGUUGUAAAUGUUUGCCGUGAACUACAAAAAUUUCUUCGAUGGUACGACUCGCCAGACCGCUAAAGAAGAAACUGGGAUCGAAGCUUCUUUGGAUAUGCUUCGCGACAAUUUUUCUCACAUGCGUGCAUUUCGUUGGUCUUUUCCUUAAACCUUUGGAUUACCAUGAUGAACAGCACAGUGAAAUUGGAGUCCAUGAUUUCGGCGAGUUUAAGACAUUCCUUGGUGGUUCGACAAAAAAAGCGCGUAGAAAUCUAAUAAUUGUAUCUCAUGGCCGCUCUGGGUCUUCGCUGACAGGAGAUAUUUUUAACCAUCAUCCCUCAGUGUUUUACAUGUACGAACCGUUACAAACCGCUCAACGAGUUUACAAGAAGAGCGGCAAUCAAACUAGUUACAACAGGCUGGCCGAAAAGCUAUUAGCCUCCCUCGUUCAAUGCAGAUUCGAUCAGCCUCAGACCGCACUGGCGGACAUUGAGAAUUAUUACCGUAAACCAGCACAUCCGCGCAUCAGCCAUGCAAUGGGAUCACCGCCUCUGUGUCCAGUUGAGAUGACGGAUCCCAAAUGGAGUACCGAACUUUGCCCUCCUUUGUCAAGCCAGUCCUUAGGUGACGUCUGUAAGGAUAAGUACAAUUUGACCGUCUUGAAAAUCCUUCUCUCCCGAAUUCCUGAGAAUAAUAUGAAAACCGUUUUAACCGCUUGUGACUCGCACGACGUCGAAUGCAAGAUUAUCUUCCUCGUUCGAGACCCUCGAGCAGUGAUCCCAUCUUCACUUCAGAUUGGUUUUUUCAAAGAAAAAGGAGGGUCUGAUUCUAAGUUAGGCACCAGGGUGUACAGUUACACGCUGUGUCAACAAACAGAGAGGAAUUUGGAGCUAGUGAGGAGGUUACCAGAUUCUUUGCGAGCACGGAUUAUGCUCCUGCGGUACGAGGACUUAGCGAUGGAGCCAUCAAAAGUGUUAGAAAGACUUUACGACUUUGCUGGGUUGUCUUUGUUGGAAAGCGUGCGCGCAUGGCUAAACGAAACCACGCAGCAGAGUAGGAAGGACUGUAAUCGUGAAUUAGAUGGCCCUUUAGUCACAUGCACAAAAGAUGAUGCUUGGGCAGCGGCUAAUCGUUGGAGGUGGAAGGUUCAUCCACACGAAAUCAACGUCAUAGAGCAUUACUGUCGAGGUGCGAUGCGCCUGAUGGGAUAUCGGCCUGUGGACAUGUCACAUGACCUAUUAGCGAACGACAAGAUUCCGCUGUUCAGCGAUGACUAUGAAGCGAAACUCUGGUUUUUAAAUUGAAUGAAAUUUCAGACUGUAUUGAAUAUAAAUAUAUAAGUGACGGUGAUUUCCAUGAUUACAAACGUUCAGCCUCAGCAUGCUGUGAUUGGUUCAAGAACUCGCACAACUUUCCUAAACAAGAAUAAAGGGGGAAAGUUUCUAAACUGCGGUGCUGUGUAUGUUGGGGGAACGAUUACUAGAUAAUUUGGUUUCAUCAACUGAGUUUAUAUCGUAAGUUGGCUACCGCAAAGAGUUUCUAAGGCUGACGUCCACCGUCGAGUGUUAGCCUUUCGACAGAACUCUUCGCCCUGAUAAAGGGCUAACUCUCGUAACAGUUGAUAAAACCAACUCAUUCCUUAAACAAGAGUUGUACAACAAUUCGGUUUCAUUGAUUAUAUACAAUACACUUGUCAUAUAUGAA